AUGGCUUCAGCUACAUCAUUCCAUGACUUUAAGGCCAAGGACAAGAAGGGCGUUGAGAAGCCCAUGGCCGACUACAAGGGUAAGGUCGUGCUAGUCGUCAACACAGCAUCAAAGUGCGGUUUUACACCGCAAUACGCCGGCCUAGAGAAGCUAUACAAGGACGUCACAGCGACGCAUCCAGACGGCUUCCUCAUCCUAGGUUUCCCCUGCAACCAAUUCGGCGGACAGGAACCCGGUACCGACGACGACAUCCAGAGCUUCUGCCAGGUGAACUACGGCGUCACCUUCCCGAUCAUGGGCAAGACCGACGUCAACGGCGACAAUGCCGAGCCCCUCUUCGAGUGGAUGAAGGCCGAGAAACCGGGUCUGCUAGGCAUGAAGAGGGUUAAGUGGAACUUUGAGAAGUUCCUUAUUGGAAGGGAUGGUAAGGUUAAGGAGCGCUGGGCUAGCACAACGAAGCCGGAGAGUUUGGAGAAGCCGAUUCUGGAGGAGUUGGCGAAGAAGGCUGCGUAA